ACUAUACGACUUUCACACUCUGACCCGAUCUACCUCACUAUCACGCCGUUACAAACUGAGGGGAUACUGCUUAGUACAGCGUUGCGACCGCAAACGGACCCCUGGGUUUUCAAACCAGUUGACAGACGACCUCUCUUAUUAAUCACAAGUUUCUAUUUUAGAUGUGCGGAAAGGCUAACUUUAGUCUUGGAAGUUGUGUCGUAUCCUCAGUGUCAUUUAUAUUAGUAUGGAAUUAGCUGUCAGAAACAAAGUUAUUCUGGGAUGUGUGAUCAUCUUCAGUAACAUGGCAUGUCCAGUCGGAGCCUACCUCUACAAUAAUCGCUAUGCUGGAGAUCAAGUUGUUAGAGUGACUCCUGUCAGCAAUGAGGAGGUCGAGGAGCUCAGAACACUCUUAGCAAACUUGACGGUGGACCUCUGGAGGCCCAACAGCGUGGCCCUGAUCCGGGAGGGCGGUGAGGUGGACGUGCACGUGGGACGGAACCACACACAAGGCCUCCGGGCCUUUCUUCAGCGCUCACACAUCCAGCACCAGGUUCUCAUUUCCAAUCUCCAGAGUGAAAUUGAAAAGCAAACAGGACAUAGAUCUUCCAGAAAGCGACGGUCAGAGUUUCAGUAUGACUAUGAGGUGUACCACUCUUUGGAAGAGAUCCAGAGCUGGAUGUAUGAAAUGAACAGGACCCACUCGCACCUGGUGGACAUGUUCUCCAUUGGCAGGUCUUUUGAAGGAAGGCCUCUCUACGUCCUUCAGCUAGGAAAGAGAACGCGCUCCUACAAGAAGGCCGUGUGGAUCGACUGUGGGGUCCACGCCCGGGAGUGGAUAGGGCCAGCCUUCUGCCAGUGGUUUGUGAAAGAGGCGCUGCACUCCUAUAAGUAUGACUCCGUAAUGAGAAGACUAAUGAAUCAGCUCAACUUCUACAUCAUGCCUGUCUUCAAUGUCGAUGGCUACCAUUUCAGCUGGACAACGGACCGUUUUUGGAGGAAAACACGCUCUAAAAAUGCCAAGUAUCAGUGCCGAGGGGUGGAUGCCAACAGGAACUGGAAAGUGAAGUGGUGUGAGGAAGGGGCCUCUUCCCACCCCUGUGACGACACCUACUGCGGGCCUUUCCCCGAGUCCGAGCCGGAGGUGAAGGCCGUCGCCAAGUUCCUCCGCAAACACCGCAAGCGCGUCCGGGCCUACAUCUCCAUCCACGCCUACGCCCAAAUGCUGCUCUACCCCUACUCCUACAAGUACGCCACCAUUCCCAACUUCAACUGCGUGGAGUCAGCUGCUCAGAACGCAGUUACAGCCCUGUACUCGGCUUACGGUGUGAGGUAUCGAUAUGGACCUGCCUCUACCACUCUCUACGUGAGUUCCGGGAGCUCCAUGGACUGGGCCUACAAGAACGGCAUCCCCUACGCCUUCGCCUUUGAGCUGCGCGACACCGGCUACUUCGGCUUCCUGCUGCCCGAGACCCUGAUCAACCCCACCUGCACAGAGACCAUGAGGGCAGUGAAGGCCAUCGCCUCGGGCCUGCUCAAGAAGUGCGUGGUGUGAGGACAGGGCUCUGGUUCUCUCUCUCUCUCUCUCUCUCUCUUUCUCUCUCUCUCCACACCAGGCGGUACCAACCAGCACGCUUCUGAUGCCACUCGCAGCUUACAGGCCAAGAAAAAGGAGCAGUCUACCUGUUAAUAACUUCUAAUGAGAUUCUGCAUAAUUUCAUGGAAUGAAUAUGUGUAUGUAUACAUACACUCAGUGACCACUUUAGGUGGAACAGUACACCAGCUUGUUAAUGCACAUAUUUCAUUGACCAAUCAUGUAGCAGCAACUAAAUGCAUAAAAGCAUGUAGACAUGGUCAAGAGGUUCAGCUGUUUUUCAGGCUAAAUGUCAGAAUAGGGAAGAGAAUGCAGAGAAUGGUGAGAAACACAUCCAGUGAGCAGCAGUUCUGUGUGCAAAAAUGCGUUGUUAAUGAGAGAGGUCAGAGGAGAAGGGCCAGACUGGUCAAAGCUGACAGGAAGGUGACAGUAACGCAAAUAACCAUGCAUUACAACAGUGGUAUGAACACGCAACGUGUCAAACCUCUAAGUGGAUAGGCUACAGCAGCAGAAUUCCAAAUAAGUAAAAGAAAAUAAGUCUAAUAAAUACCUAAUAAAGUGCUCACUGAGUGUAUAUCUCUAUGUAUGCAUGAGCUAGUAUGCAUAUGCGCAUAUGUUUAUAUUGGUGGUGGGAUAAGACACCAGGCACUGAGUUACAAAUUACUUUACAGACAUUGUUGACCAACAUGAACACAUACACUUGGGUUUUGUUUAUAUAGUAUAGUUGUUUUUAUAUGAGGGCCAACUGCAGACACUGAAUAUGUUUUAAAAGCAGCAAGACCUCAAGUUAUUUAUAUAUAAUUAAAUUAAGGCUCUUAAUUGAAAAUGUUAAAGGUCAGAGUUGGCUAUGAAAUUAUUGUAUUCAGGAGAUUCUGACCUUUCCCGUCACAUUACUACCAGAACCAGCUCAGUACCCAUUACACUACAUGACAAAGUACAAAAUGAAACAAGCACUUGAAACAUAGUCUCAACUUAAUUUGCUGUUUUUGCAUAAGGAUCUGCUUUUAGGAUACCAUAAAAAUAAAAAUAAAUCUCCUCGGCAAACCUUUCAUUAUUGACUGGUCAAAAACCUCGUAACCUGUUUGUUGCAAGACUAAAUACACUCCGUCCAUUCUUAGUGGAGGUUGCAUGAAGCCUCUGUUGAUUUCUUUUGGUGGUGCAACAUAAAACAAAGUAAUACAGUCCAAGUUUCUUUUCAUUUACUGUUUCUUUCAUCGUAGUCCUUAUCAUUUCUGUAGCGAUAUAGCUGUCACUCUUUGAUAUGUAUUUUUUGUGUUUCUGUUGCAUUUUGUAUUAAAUCCAGCCUGAUUGUGUUAGAUCGUACUGAGCUUACUGAGCCAAAGAUGAUAUUGCAGGCACACAAUUUCCUUCAUUCAUUUAGCAUGGGACUUUAAAUUGUGUGCACUGAUCAUUUUGGGUGGAAAACAUUUUUUUACAGUCAACAUUUGUAAUGACCACUUUACAGUAAUGGCCACUGCAGACAACAGUCUGUUUGACAUGUAAAGGUCAGAACUGAAUAAUGUGGAAGACUCUUCAUUACAGUAAGAGCGUUCUGUGCCCUCUCUGUGGAGCAGCUUAAUUACUAUGCAGUGAUUGCAGUAUUCGACUGAUUUCCCUCAGCCAUAGACUCUAGUCAUGAUCCUAAUAACUCCCUGUCUCCAAGCUUCAGCGGCUACACCGCUCAGAAUACUCUAUCCUCCGAUGACAGCAAUAGACCCUGCUCAGACUACACUAUCGUCCUAUCUCAGCAAUAGACCCUGCUCAGACUACACUAUACUCCUGUGCCAGCCAUAGACCCUGCUCAGACUACACUAUCAUCCUAUGCCAGCAAUAGACCCUGCUCAGACUACUCUAUCCUCCUAUCUCAGCAAUAGACCCUGCUCAGACUACUCUAUCCUCCUAUCUCAGCAAUAGACCCUGCUCAGACUACUCUAUCCUCCUAUCUCAGCAAUAGACCCUGCUCAGACUACUCUAUCCUCCUAUCUCAGCAAUAGACCCUGCUCAGACUACACUAUACUCCUGUGCCAGCAAUAGACCCUGCUCAGACUACACUAUCCUCUGAUCACAGCAAUAGACCCUGCUCAGACUACGUUAUCCUCCUAUGCCAGCAAUAGACCCUGCUCAAACUACACUAUCGUCCAAUCACAGCAAUAGACCCUGCUGAGACUACACUAUCCUAUCUCAGCAAUAGACCCUGCUCAGACUACAUUAUCCUCCUAGGCCAGCAAUAGACCCUGGUCAGACUACGCUAUCCUCCUAUGCCAGCAAUAGACCCUGCUUAGACUACUCUAUCCUUGUAUCUCAAGAAUAGACCCUAGUUGAGCUACACCCUCCUGUCUAACAACUCAAGAAAAGCCUCGCUCUGAAUACUCAAUCCCCCUAUCUCAGUAAUACAGCCUAUUCCGAAUCAUCAAAUCCCCUUGUCCGACUAAGAGAGCCUAGCACUCAUAAUACUUCUUCCUUUUCACACUGUUCCUUCCCAUAGAGCUCAGAGCAAUAGGUGACUUCUCUGUUACAGGGGAAAUGCAGUGAAUCUUGAGCUGCCACAGUAGUUUCAGGCAGAACAGUGACAAGCAGGUCACAGACAGAUAAGCUUGAAAAUGAAAUCAAAAGUCCAUUGUGAGCAUUAAAACUUUCAGAUGUUAUUAAUGUAGCACUUGUCGAGAUAUUAAGUGUCAUGGGGCACAAACUCAGAGUUCAGUGUUAACACAAAAACUAUCCACUUCAAUUUCUCUUUCAUUAGUUUUAAGGGGGUACAUUUCUGUAGAAUUUCUGACAAUGUGAAAGUGUUUACAAAAGACAUGGGGCAUUUCACUAGUGCGUAGUGUAAAUUUAAAAGCAGUAUCACGGGCAUUUGCAAAUUAUAUUUUCAGUGGAUCUCCUAAGGUGCUAAGCUGUACAUUUGUAUUCAGUCAUAUUAAUGUGCAUUGUUUUGUAUCUGGUAUUUAUUUUAUUUUAUGUUUUUACAGCCACAAUUGUUGUUAGCAGGGGCAUUGAACAGUGUAUU